AUGGCGGUGGAUGUUUGGUCGGAGAUUUCGAGCGCAGGUCUAAUCAGUCCAAGACUUUCCUUCUCCCGUGACCUCACUCAGACAACAGAGCCGGAAGCCGACGCCGGUCACCGCUCCAGAUCAGAUUGCUGUCUUCUCGACCCCGACUUCGAUUUCUUCAUCGGCGGCGGGAACGAUUUCCGGGGAGAAUUUUCCUCUGCCGAUGAGCUCUUCUCCAACGGCAGGAUCUUGCCUGUAGAAAUCAAGAAACAACCGCAUCCGCAGCAGCAAACUCAAACUGCCACCGGGAAAGAAACGAUUCCCAUUCCUCUGCCUCCGCCUCCUCUGCCACCGGCUCAGCAAACUGGGGAGAAUGAUUCUUCUCCACAGCUUGAGUCGGAGAAGAAGAAGCUGCUGAAGGAGUUCUUGUCCAUGAGUCUCGACGGAGACCACGAAGAAGAACAGAGUCAUAACCCGCCGCCGCCCGCGGCGGUGGGAACGAAAUCUUUCUGGCAGUUCAAAAGAAGCAACAGUGUAAACUGCGACGACAUCAGCUGCCGGAGCAGAGGAGGGCUAAUCCGAUCCCUACAUUUCCUUUCAAGAAGCAACUCAACUGGGUCGGCUCCAAAUCCAUCCAAAAACAAACCCAGGGAGGAAAACCCCCGCCAUUUGCGGAAGCAGAGGUCGGUUCCCAACAGGAAAUCGCCAUUGAUGCCCAGCAGCUCUGUACCCUGUUACUAUCCCUACAAUACCGGAGGGCAGCAACAGCAAAAAUCGAAUCUUCCGGCGUUGAGGAAAUGCGGGUCAUACGGCAAUAACGCCGCCGGGAUUAGAAUCACUCCGGUGCUGAACAUCCCGCCACCGGCUUUCAUGUCCAGGGGAACGGUCAACUUUUUGGGGCUGGGCUCUCUGUUCUGUAACGGUAAGGUUAAUAAAAAGAACAAGAAGAAGAGAUAG